AAUGAUUUUUUUGAAUCACGUAUUACUGAUAAUAGUUGUGAUGUCGACAGUAAUGAAUUGGAUCCAAUCGGAUCUAUUUGUUUUUGAUGAUAACCAAAAGUUAUUGUAUCCAAAUCUUAGUCAUCCCUGCAAUCAAGUGGUCAAUAAAGUGGACAAAUGUUUGGACAGCAAAUGGGUCGGUGCUGUCAAUGGUAUUAUUAGCCAACAGAGCUGUUGCAAAGCCAGAGAAAGAGAGUGUUCUCAUAAAAGAGUGCAUCGUUUCUGUUACGAACAAUACACGGAUCUGUUUUUUGGAUCCAUAUUCAAGAAAUGUAAAAACAAUCAUCUGAUUAGUGAUUUUGAUUUUUGUAGACAAUAUCAGUUGAAAAAUACAGUCAAUAUAACUGAAGAGACGGACACCUGUAAGAUAUAUAUCCCGUGCUUUGAUAAUAUCGAUGCCACAGUUCCGUCAAUGUUUAUCAAUGGCCGAACCACUACACAGAAUCCGUGUAAUGAUAAUACUAAUGUCAGAAAUCGAAACAUGGAUUAUCACCGACACAUCCAAACUAGUAUGACAUCAGCGACAGUCAUACCUACUGUUCCUUGUAUUUCAAACACCGAUCCAAUGUUGUGUGGCAUCAGUAUUGGGCCGAAGAUUAACAAUUGUCUCAUUAAAAAGUGGAGUUUGACAUCAGAUAAACCAAUAGAUUUAACACAAAUUACUACUGAAUAUUGUUGUUAUCAUCGGGAGUACACAUGUAUUGUCAAACGAUUGUUAAGUAAAUGCAAUACUAAUGAAUGGAAACAGUUAUAUAAUAGUUUACAUGAGGACAACAUAGUGGACGCGUGCAAUGAAAUGGCCAAAAUUGAUGACAAAUUGUGUAAUUUAUUUAAGACAAAUAGUAUUACCGACAGCACAUGCCUACAACACAUACCAUGUCCUUCCUGUUAG